AUGUAUUCUGCUCGCAACGUCCAUCUGAAAUGUUCUCCAAUAUCACUCACCAAGGAAGCCUUCUUCUCCCUUCUUGACGAAUACUUUGCCUCCCGGGGCCAUGUCCUCGCCCCAGCCAACUCCCCUCCUACUGUAGAUGCCGCAUCUCGCCCAUCCCGCUCACUGCCUCCAGCCCGCAAUCGUCCCGACCCUAUCUCCCCGCCGCCUACCGCAUCUCAUUACACCUCGCUCAUCUCGCCAACUGCCUCGAGACAGAGCCAGGAGUACGAGAACAAUGCUGAAUCUCAAGAACAGCCUGAUAUGGCCCAGCGAUUCAUCUCGUCUGGUGUCAAGUAUGGCACGUCAGGAGCAAAGUCGGGCGUGGGUGCCAUCUCAAGAAACAAGGAUGCUAUGAACCUCUUGGGGAAGGCCGGGAUGGGGGGAAUGAUGGGCAAGGCGAAUGACAGGCUGAACAAACCUACAAGUCCUACGGAGCAGACUGCGAACAAGGCCACCCCGCCGCCCAUUGCGCCCAAGAAGGGCGGAGGCGUAUCGGGACUCAGGCUGAUGGACGAUUACCAGACGUUCGGCCAUGUUGAUACAGCCAGCAAGAUGGGUGCCUUCACGAGCAUGUGGAAAGACCCAAAGACCAAACCAGCAGAAUCUAUUCACCUCCCCCCUGCCCUCUCACAUUCGCAUUCCAAUCUCCCGCCUCCUUCCCGCAGGGAUGGCUCAGGCUCUCAUCACGCGGCUUCACCCUCUCCGUCAGCUGAUACGUCAACGCCUGCAGGGGGUGAUCUCGCGAACGGGACUGGCGUUCAGCAAGGACAAGCGCAGGCGCUUUAUGAUUAUGCGGGAGCUGAUAGCGGUGAUCUGACCGUGCAGGCUAAUCAAGUGGUCAACAUUAUCGCAAAAACGUCCUCUGAUUGGUGGACAUGCGAAGACGGGAAUGGGCAAAGAGGCUUGGUGCCAGCUACGUAUCUACAAGAGAUCUGA